AUGAUCGCUGCUUAUCUUCCCCAGCUCGAGCAUGACGAUCAUAAGUACCUGGAGGCCGUGAUCCCACCUUUUGCGGGGCGUCUCGGCGCAAAUCAAGACAGUAUCGUGGACCGACAUGAUCCGAAGAAUCUCGCUGUCUUGAAAGAGGUGCCCGAUGCUGCGCCGUGCAUGAGUCUGGCCGAGAUCUUCGAUCUACGCGGCUUUUUGAGUCCCGAUCUAUGGAAAUUCGCCAUGCUCGAAUGUGUCGCUAGUUUAAUGAAUGUCUUCAUCACCGCGUGGGUGACUACCCACCCACUCGCCAAAACCACUUCGCCGAAAACUGAGGCCGGCGUUUACCGCACCGUCACCUUCUUCUCUCCCCUCUUCGGCGGAAUUACCAAUUUGCUCCUCACUCCGCUCCUCAUCUAUACCUUCUCCCCUUCGAGUGGGGGCCAUAUUAGCCCAACCAUCACGCUAGCAACGUUCUUCGCUCGCAUCAUUACCUUCCCACGUAUGGUGCUCUAUGUAGCGGGUCAAACAUUGGGUGGGGCAUUGGCGGGAUUUGCCUUGCAUAGUGCUUAUGGAAGCCGUGAGAUCACCGUGGGCGGAUGCCAUAUAGACACCAGUAUAGUGAAUCCCAGUGACGGGCUGGUCAUUGAGUUUUUCGCCUGUUUGAUUCUGAUCUUUUUGGCUUUUGGCGUUGCUCUGGAUCCAAGGCAGGCAAAGGUCUUUGGACAUGCUACUGCUCCUUGGUUCGUGGGUAUUGUUCUUGGUAUUGUGAGUUGGGGCACUGCGUUCACGCGCGAGGGUUAUAUUGGCGCCAGUUUGAACCCGGCGCGAUGUCUGGGUGCUUAUGUGGCAUCGAGCUUUCCUGGUUAUCAUUGGAUUCACUGGAUUGGACCACUCGCGGCGGCUGUCGGCCAUGGCUUUAUCUACUUCAUAGACCCACUUUGGACCGAGCAGCGGAGUUCGCCGUAA